AUGGAUAAUGAACUUAUUAAAAGAUUAGAUUAUAUUUCUGAACAAUCUAAUCGUUAUUUCGGAAUUCUUAUUUUUAUAUUUGGUUUUGUGGGAAAUAUUCUUAAUUGUUUUAUUUUAUCUCAACGAACAUUUCGAUUCAAUCCAUGUGGUUUACUUUUUCUUAUUUCAUCUUUUAUUGAUCUUAUAUCAAUUCUUAUUGGAUUAAUCACACGUAUAUUAGCUGGUUGGCAACUUGAUCCAACAAGUAGAAUUGAUUGGAUAUGUAAAUUUCGUGCAUUUACAGUAUUUAGUACAAGAACAAUGAGUAUUUGGUUAAUAACAUUAGCUGUAAUUGAUCGAUGGUUUUUAUCAUCAAUGGAUUUACAUCGAAGACAAAUGAGUUCAUUAAAAAAUGUUUAUCGAGGAAUUAUUUUAACUUCGAUUCUCUCAACUCUUUCUUAUAUACAUAUGAUAUAUUGUUAUCAAUCUAAUAUUAUUGAUGCACCAUUACAAUGCUAUGGAAAAAAUAAUAUAUGUCGUUUAAUAACAGAUUUAGUCUAUGCUCUUAUAACAAUUGUUAUUCCAUCAAUAUUAAUGAUUAUAUUUACUAUGAUGAUUAUAUCAAAUAUUCGAGCUCUUCGUCUACGUAUUCAAACAGUAACUAUUCUAUCAAUAACAAUUCCAUCAAGAGAAAAACAAAUAAAAUAUAAACGAACAGAUCAUCAAUUACUUCGUAUGCUUUUAGUACAAGUUAUUCUUUUAGUUAUAUUUUGUGUUCCACAAGCAAUACAAAAAAUUUAUAUUUCAUUUAAACCAUUUGCUUCUGUUAGUAAAGAAGAAGAUGCAUUAAAUCAUUUUUUAUAUAAUAUUGAAGUACUUAUGGCUUUUAUUGCAAGUGGAAUGCCUUUUUAUCUUUAUACAUUAUGUGGUGGAACAGUAUUUCGAAGAGCAUCAACACAUUUUAUAAAAACAAUACAAAAAAAAAUUAAAUGUUUCUCUUAA